UUUUCAGUGUAAGUCAGUCUCCUUGCAAUGGCUGCCUAGUAGAUUGCAUCUGAAAUAGAUUUCGAUAAAGUGACAUUGUAGUCAAUGCAUUCAGAUUGGAGCUGUGCGGAUCUGGAUGGAGUAUGACCUGUGAGUCUGGUGAUUCCCGCCUCAAGAUAGAGUGACGUCUACAUGAUAUGAUCUUGUCCGUGUCCAUUGAAGGCAAACGUCAUGAUUGCUAGUACAGGCUCCAGCGGGCUUUAUAAAGCUCCAUUAUCCAAAGGUCUCUUGUUCAUCCCAAGUGCCCUUUCGAUUUUGUUGGCAUUCCUUUUUCAACAGCAACAAGCAUUAUUCAUAUAUAACUGGCAAGCAAUAAAAGAGGAUUUUCAUAUAUGGAGGCUAAUAUCUGGGAGAAUUAUUUGCCUGGAUCUGAAAGAUACCUUUUGUAGCAGUUUACUUAUAUAUAAUUUUAGAACCCUGGAAAGAAGAUUUGGUAGUCGAAAAUUUACAUCAUUUUUAUUGGGAGCCUGGAUCCUGUCAACUCUAUUUGAUUUCCUACUUGUUGAAGCUGUGGAGUUGGUCUGUCAUAUAACCCUCAGCACCCUGCCUUCAGGAUUUUUAGCUCCCAUUUUUGCCCUUUUUGUACCGUUUUACUGUUCAAUUCCAAGAGUGCAAUUGGCUCACAUCCUUGGCCUAUUUCCGAUCACCAACAAAACCUUGGUUUACGUUGUGGGGCUGCAGCUUUUGACAUCGAGUCCCUACAUGGUGGUGGUUGCAGCAAGUGGACUGAUCUCAGGACUGUGCUAUAACUGGGACGUGCUAAAUAUUCGCCAGAUUCUUUGUGUCCCCAACUGGCUUGCAAAUCUGUUCUCCCAGAUGCUUGAACCGAUAUUCUCAUCUGAAGAGCCUGUCAAUGAGACUCCUGUUGGGAUGGGUGCAACAGUAGAUAUCCAAAGACAACAACGAAUUGAGUUGCUUGAUCAGCAGAUCAUGUUCUCUCAAAUUGCCCAACUAGGAAGGAGACCACAACAACAGGGUAGAGCGUUAACUUGGAAUAACUUCUUUCAACCGUGGCGUAAUCGGCAUGCUGCAAACCACGCAGAGCCACAAGCUCCUCCUCAACCUUCUGAACAACAAGUCACACAGCUAAUGGAAAUGGGCUUCUCAAGAUCAGACGUCCUGACUGCUUUGAGGGCUUCAAAUAACGACAUAAAUGUUGCUACAAAUUAUUUACUGCAACGGUGACAUCCAGGGAAGACAUAUGCACUAUUUUUAUGUGAUUUAUUGAUUAUAUCCAAAGAUAAUUUUAUACUUAAAACACUAAUAAUAAUAAUCAUAUCUUUGAUAGUGGCUU